AGACCUCGGGGGUGGUCCAACCAGGGACGUAUAUACUACCGUGGUCCAACGCAGGGAAGAUGGACAGAAAGAAUGGGCCAUUCAUGGGGUUUUAAAUAACAAGACCUACCAAAAUGGCAGAAUUUGGCCCAGAUUCUGGAGGACGCAUGAAGGGUCUGACAAUUGUUAAGCCAGUGAUUUAUGGAAAUAUUUCUCGCUACUUUGGAAAGAAACGAGAUGAGGAUGGACACACUCAUCAGUGGACGGUGUACGUCAAACCUUACAAAAACGAGGAUCUUUCUACUUAUGUGAAAAAAAUCAACUUUAAACUUCAUGAAAGUUACCCAAACCCAAAUAGAGUGCUUGUCAAACCUCCCUAUGAAGUUACAGAGACUGGUUGGGGUGAAUUUGAAGUGGUCAUCAAAAUAUAUUUUAAUGAUCCCAAUGAAAGACCGGUGACGAUUUACCAUUUGCUGAAACUCUUCCAAAGUGAAACUGAUAUUAUGUUAGGAAAGAAAUCUCUUGUUGCUGAGUACUAUGAUGAAAUAGUUUUUCAAGACCCAACAGCAAUGAUGCAGCAAUUACUAAACAGUACACGGCCUGUGGCAAUAGGAGCAUAUAAACACGAAACAGACUUUGAAGAAAAGAAGGAGAAGACCUUGGAAAAAAUACUGUCAGCAAAGACAAAAAUACGAUAUGAAAUCCAAGAACUUAAUGAACGGUUAAAGCAAAAGAAAGAGAGCAUUCAAACUUUAAAGGACCAUCUUGAAAAAUUAGAGGAUGCAGAUGUGACUGAUGUUGAAAAUGUUACUUGAAUUGACGACCGUGUUAUUUUUCUACAAUAGUGCAAUCAAGAUUUGACACUUAAGCUUGGAAAGUUACCACAUUGUAUUCAUUAAUAAAUUCAUUUUUC